AUGUCCGGCCAUUUAAUCGGAGAGAGUAAAGGCGCUGAGAGGAGGACGGCAGUGACAAGAGGGCUGGCUGACGUCGGGGAAAAAAGGGAAGAGGAGGACAGGACAGGCACAGGCGAAGAAAGAAAGGCCUUUGUCGGCUCGAGGACACGACAGGGCCAGGGGGUUGUUGGUUGGUGCUCUCUUGCUGUUGCUGGGGAAGAAGUUUGCAGCAGCAGCAGCAGCAGCAUCCACGAUCCGAUCUAG